CGCACCCUCUGGUUUGACGCAAUCGGUGCGUGAGGUCGGCGUGGCUCGGCUCGGGGUCUCGGGAAGCGAGAAGCUCCCCAUGCGGGGCUGGCAGCGGCAACGACGGGCUGAACCGCCUGCUGCCGCCGCCACCAAGGUUAUUAAAGAGCAGAGAGGGGGAGGGGUCAAAAACACAAGCAAAAAAAAAAGGCCACGCGGCGCCUGCCGGCCUAUGUGACGGAAGGAGAGGCGUGUCAGUCGGCUGAUUAAAGACAACAGAGACCGGGAAGGGCAGUGAGGAGUUCAGAUCAAACCGCCCCAACAGAGGGCAAAGGGCGAGGGCACCGGGGGACAACCGUCCGUUCGUCUUUCAGGGCAACCAAGGCCGCAGAAGUCAACUCAUAACUACUGGAUUUGUUUAAUUGUGUCUCUCUUUGACGAGAGAGACCCGGGCCACCGAUUUACCUGCGAGGGAAGGAGGAGAAGAGCGAUCGUCCCGUGGACGGAGCGGCCGCACGGCUCGAGCGCCGGCUGGACAACAGACCGACCGUUAUAGACCGUUACCGGCCGCGUUCGAUGAAGAGCGCGCGCGCGCGACCCCCUCCCUCUCCCCGGGUCGCGCCGCGCGCUGUCUGCAAGCCGCUGCCGCGCCACAGUCGCCUCCCCCCCUCCUGCAGCCUCGGUCAUAACGAUCCCUUCCACCGCCUGCGCUAACCGUUUUAACCGACAAGGAAAGGAGCUGCUCUUAUUGUCGCGGUAGAUGUUUAGUACGGAGAAAGCGGCCCUGGGGGGUGGCGCUGCUGCCGCCUCCGCUGGUUCGAGACGAAGCUCGGCCUCUCCGAGCGAGCGGGGACCGGCGGCCGCGUUGAAAGCUAACUCGCAUGACAGGGCGAAGAACAACUGCAGCAGCCCCAGCCCCAGCCCCAAUUCAACUCCAGCAUCGGAAUCCGGGCGGAUAGUUCACGAGGAACAGCGCCAGCACCAUCCGGAAGCUGGCAAGGUUGUGGAGGGUUUGCUGAGCAAAUACACCAAUCUGAUCCAGGGCUGGCAGAACAGGUAUUUUGUUCUGAACUGUGAGCUGGGCGUACUGCAAUACUUUGUAAACGAGCAGUGUAAAGGUCAGAAACCACGAGGAGUUCUACAUUUGUCUGGUGCAGUGAUCUCUCCCAGUGACGAAGUUUCUCACAUGUUUAUAGUUCAAGCUGCCAAUGGUGAACUGUAUAAACUCAGAGCGGGGGAUUCCAAAGAGAGAUUCUACUGGGUGAACCAGCUUCAGGCUUCUGCAAAGCACACAGACAGUAAUGCCAAGGUUACUCCUUCAGUGAGGGCGAGAAGUUUAUCUUUACUACCCCCUGGAGCAUCAAACUCAGCGCCUCUUGGGAACCAGAAGCAACAGACACAUAGUGGACCAGGAAUUGUCUCUAUUACCCAUCAUAAGUCUCCUGCAAUUACCCGACGUGCCAAGACUCAAUGUCCAGGGCGCCUUGUAGAUGUUAAAGAGAUGAUGAGCCAGGCAGAAGGACAACUGAAGAACCUUGUUCAUUCAAUAGAAUCUCUUCCAUCUUCUGGGCCUCUGUCUGCAUUGGAUCAAGAUUUACUUCUUUUGAAAGCUACCUCAGCUGCUACCAUGAGCUGCCUAGGUGAUUGCUUGAGCAUUCUGCAGCAAAGUGCACAGCAAGCAGCCCAGCACAACAAAAGAUUUUCAACAGAUAGUAUGUCAGGAUGGCAAGGACCAAGGUCACGCUCAGCUGAGCAACUGAAGAAUGGAAAUGUGUGCUCUUCGCCUUCAUUGACUCCAGCGAAUGUAAACAUUAUGUGGUCCUCAACACCUGGUCAGGUCAACCAAGUGCUCCAGCAGCCCUCUGAGCAUCAAAGUCCUGAAUCAAUGAAUCCUGAAGACGAGAUAACAGAUAGUGAAGAGAAUGUGGAAGAUGACUUGGGAGUCCUGGAUGAUCAACGGAGUGUCAUAUUACACCUUCUUUCUCAACUGAAACUUGGCAUGGAUCUUACUAGGGUGGUGCUUCCAACAUUUAUUUUAGAAAAGAGAUCAUUGCUGGAAAUGUAUGCAAACUUCAUGGCCCAUGCAGACAUGUUUGUGUCGAUCACGUCAGGUACCACAGCUGAAGAAAGGAUUAUUUGCUUUGUGGAAUAUUACCUGACUGCAUUCCACGAGGGCCGAAAGGGGGCAGUGGCAAAAAAACCCUAUAAUCCAAUCAUUGGAGAAACUUUCCACUGUUCCUGGAAUGUGCCUAAAAAUAAAGUAAAAGCCAGUGGAGUCAAUAGCACUUUAACCAUUGCCAAGGACCAGUCCAAGAUCCAUCAGGCCUUUGAGACUUGCAAGGACUCUACUGAAAUCUACAAUGUGAGAUUUACAGCAGAACAAGUGUCCCAUCAUCCACCAGUUUCGGGUUUUUACUGCGAAUGCAAGGAAAGAAAAAUGUGUGUAAAUGCACAUGUGUGGACCAAGAGCAAAUUUAUGGGGAUGUCCAUCGGGGUCACGAUGGCAGGGGAAGGUGUCCUUUUCCUUGGAGAACAUGACGAGGAAUAUGUUUUUACACUGCCUUGUGCCUAUGCACGUUCCAUACUGACUGUUCCCUGGGUAGAACUGGGAGGUAAAGUUAAUAUACACUGUACCAAAUCGGGAUAUUCUGCUGCUGUCACAUUCCAUACCAAACCUUUCUAUGGAGGAAAGGUCCACAGAGUUACGGCUGAGGUAAAGCAUAAUCCUACAAACACAAUUGUGUGCAAGGCACAGGGGGAAUGGAACGGAACUCUUGAAUUCACAUAUAGCAACGGUGAAACAAAAGUGAUUGAUACGACCAAACUGCCUGUAAUAAGAAAAAGAAUACGACCCAUCAAAAAGCAAGGAUUGCUGGAAUCAAGGCGUCUUUGGGAGCUAGUGACCAAUGCACUAAAAGUGGGUAAUAUUGAUGAAGCAACAGAGAACAAACACCUUCUGGAGGAGCGACAGAGAGUUGAGGAGAGGCAAAGAGCAUCGACAAACAUUCUUUGGAAACCAAAGUAUUUUCAAAAAGAGGGAGAUGGUUGGGUAUACUAUAAUCCCAUCUGGAAGGCACACUACUGACAGACUCAAAUUGACCUCCACCAGCUACCUCGGGUAUCCUCUAAUUAGCGAUUUGCCAUCUGCAAAUAACUCUGAGGUGAUGUUGAAACGAAAAUUAAAAAGGCAAAUGCGUGACAAUGUUAUGUAUAAAAAAUAGAAACAAUAUUGAGUACCAAAUUAAAAAUACUUGCAGGUUCAUGAAAAUAAAUGUAUUCAGGUGUUGUCCUGUAUUCAAUGAGAUCUGCAUACAGGAGAUUGAAAAGUUAAUAAUGGAGAAAUUUUAUUUUAAUGUUUUAAGAUUUUAUAUUUUUCACUUGCAAAGGGUUUUUUGCACUUAAACAAAUAAAUGUGCCAUUGGUGUAGUCACUUUAAGAUAUCUUUGUGAACUAAAUGAUGUAGGACUGUUUUGAUUUGGUUAAUGGGCAUGCCAUUCCUUAAACCCUAUAGUAUUCAGUACCACAGUGCACAUAGAACACUUUUUACUGCAGUGAUUUCCAUCGCUUGCAAAAGUUUAAUUAUUACACCUAGUCAGUUUCUAAAACUAGUCAGAAUGAAUGGCGUUUUGUAAAGAAAAUCCGAGAUUAGUGCUGAGAAACACAACUAUUUGUACCUUAUUGUACCUUAUUUGUACCUUGUAGUUUGGAUAAUGAGACUCAACUUUAUAGUUCCUAUAGGCUAAUCAGAAAGGCCUUUUGGUUUCUACAUGGAAUAGAGAUUCACUAAUCAAUUACAAAAUGAGAAUUAUUUGAAAAGAAUGAUAUUGUAAUAAAUCUCAUCGCACAUUCAGAAUUUUAGAGAUACAAUAAGGAGAAAUAUGAUUGAUCUUUUGUCCUUUUUCUAAAAGCAAAACGAUGAUACAUUUAUUUUGCGUCUCUUCUACAUACUUUACUUGAUAUGCAAUUUGUAGCUAGUCACAAAAUUAUUCCAAUUUGUAGCUAGUCACAAAAUUAUUCCACCUGUAGACCUCCUAUGGCUUUUGCAUUCGUUAGACACUUUACCAAUUCUGUUAUCUAAACACCAGCAAAUCACCAACUCGUCUUGAUAGCACCUCUUUGGCUUCCGCAAUGCAGCACCCACAUACAGUGGAUAUAUAUUCUAGUAGUUAACAAACUUAUGCACUUUGUUCCAGAACACCUGAUUUCAUAUAAACAUAAUUUAGUAGGCUACUCAGCCUACACCUAACUGUAACCACAACUCUGCAUUCCUGCCUCUCCCCGGUAAUCAAGAGAGUGAAAGGUUAUCAAGGAUCUAUCGAUCUCCGCCUUAAACACAUUCAAAGACUUUGCUUCCUUUGAUCUGUGAGUGAGAGUUCUGAAAACACGCGUUCCUCUGAGAGAAAAGUCGUUGUCUUAAACAAGCAUUCCCUUUUGUUUUAACCAGUGACCCUCUGGUUCAAGAUUCUCCCACUAAUGAAAACAUGCUUUCCACAAAACCCUGCCAAUACUCCUCAGGAUCUUAUGCUUCAAGUCACCUUUCACUUGCCUGAAUUUCAGCAGAAACAGGCCUAGCCUGUUCAAUCACUCUUCAUAGGACAACCUGCCCAUUUCACAUGUCAGCCAAGUAAAGCUUCUCUGAGCUACUUGCAGCACAUCAACAGUCUUAAUAAUUUAUGGGGGUUUAUACUGUACGCAGCACUCUAGAUGUGAUCUCACCAACAUCUUCUCUCGGUGAAGCACAUCUCCCAACCUUUAUAUUGAAUUCCCCUUAAUAAAUAACAUCUGAUUAGUUUCCCUAAUAAUUUACAGUACAAACCUACUAGCCUUUUCCAAACUAUGCUCAAGAACUCUCCUUUUCAGAGCUCUGCAAUUCUUCAUCAUGUUAGAUAAAAUGCUUUCUACUUUAGGGGAAAUAAUUUCCUUGAGAAAACCAACUGAUCGCACAGAGUGAACAUUUAGAUUCACAGCAAGUGUUUAGGCAGGUUUGUCACUGAAUUUCAUAGUAAAAUUAUUUUCCAAAGGGAUUAAUUUUUGGAUUUGUUUGUGGAUUCCAGUAAAAUGUCAGCAGUGCCUUUGUGUAUUCUGAUCAGGUUGUAAUACAAUACCAUAUUUAAGUUGUGCUGAUGUUUACUUCAGUGGUAAGAAUUUUUUUACUGUUCAGAAACUAGUGAUUGUUGAUAUACAGUGGGAUCGCAUGGUGCUGGUUCAUACAAAGCAGGUACAAAGGCGGAGAGUGGUGUGUUGAUCAUUACUACAAGGGGCGUGAACUGUGAAAGUAAGGAGGUCAUGCCGCAUUGUAAAGCUCUUGGAUGACACCUCUUUGAAGCAUUUUGUUCAGGUCCAGUAUCCAAGCAUAAAAAAGAAUAUAUUUGUCCCUAGCGCAGUGCAGCUGAGAGUCACUGAAUUUAUUUCAAGAAUGACUGGGGGAAGUGGUGGGAUGGUCUUGCCAUGUACUCUUCUGAAAUUUGGUAGAAGGCAGAUAUACAUAACGUGAGGGGCAGGGCAGUCUUAAUACUCUCACAGUAGAAAUAGCUCUUUCAGGAGAGAAGUCUUUAGAAAUAGAUGGAAUUACAUAUGGUCAAGGCUAGCUAGUCUAGAAAAAAAGGCAUAGUCUCAUGGCAAAUGGCUGGCCAUUUCAGAAUGAGGCAAGAAGAAUUUCCACAUCAGAAAAGAGUUGCACAUAGAGUCGUCGUCAUACACCAUAGAAACAGGCCCUUCGGCCCAACCUGCUGACCAACAUACCCCAUCUACACUAGUCCCACCUGCCUGCCUUUGGCCCAUAUCCUUCUAAACCUAUCCUAUCUACGUACCUGUCCAAAAGUCUUUUAAAUGUUAUGAUAGUAUUUGCCUCAACUACCUCCUCUGGCUGCUCGUUCCAUAUACUCACCACCCUUUCUGUAGAAAAAAGGUUGUCUCUCGGGAUUCUAUCAAAUCUUUAGCCUCUCACCUUAAACCUAUUGCACCUCUAUAGGAUCACUCAUUAAUUAUGCACUCCAAGGAAUAAUGUCCUAGCCUGUGCAGCCUCUCCCUAUGGGUCAGGCCCUCGAAUCCAGGCAUCUAUGAAAUGAAUGACCAUCCCCAAAAGUAAAUGUCUAGGCUAAAUGAUUCUCAACUGUACUCUCGCUGUCAUUUUGCAAACCAUUUUAAUUCUCAUCUAUUGACUUGCAAUUUUAAAGAUCUAAAAUAUUUGAUAUAUAUAAAGUCGACAAUUAAGAAUUAUGCCUUUUGCUUUCAGUAUUAGAAGUUACCUUGAGAAAUUGAGGAUAAGAAAUCCCGUUAAUAGACAAAUCAGAAUUCCAGUAUUAAUUUCUACAGAUUUUGUUAUUACUUUCCCAUUAUAUGACAGACAUCAACAUUCUUUCUCACUCAAGUCAUCCGUACAUUGAAAGGUUGAAAGUCAUACAAAAUGAAACUAUCUACCAGAAACCAAUAGUAGCAGUGUUGACCAUCAUCUGACCAGGGCACUCUAAAUUAUUUCAGCUGGUUUAGUUGUCCUUUUUAAAAGUAAACUAACAGUAAUUUUAUUAAUAAUAGUAAUUGAGAUUAUGGGAACACCAAAACUCCAUUAGUUCAUAAGAUCAUAAGUGAUAGGAACAGAAUUAGGCUAUUCAGCCCAUCAAGUCUCCUCCGCCAUUCAACAUGGCUAACCUAUCUCUCCCUCCUAACCCCAUUCUCCUGCCUUCUCCCCAUGACCUCUGAGACCCGUGCUAAAUUCAGUGUUGUUAAAAUCCUUUGCUGGUUCAAAUAAUCCAGUAAAGAUCCCCAUGUUCAGGCAGUAUGUGAUUUGCCUCAUCCAUGUUCCGUUAAUUGACACUAGGAGUUUAUCUUACCUAAAAGUUUAUUACUUAAACGAAUGUAACAACUUACUGAAUUUUUUCUGUUCCUCAUUGAUAAUUCCACUUGCCCUUGUAGAAUCUGUCACCACUGCUGAUAUAUUGCAGCAAUGAUUUUGGCGCUGGGAGAAAUGGCUGCAGAUUUACUGAGAUUUGCCCAUGUUUGGAGUGAGUUCUUGGAGCCACUAAAUAUUUGUGAAAGGUUCAGUGGAGGGGUGGCUAUUAAGAGAAACACAUAAACUGGUUUUCAUUGCUUAGAUUAUUUUUGUACACUGUUUCUUUAGAUUUGAAGCAGGAAAUAAAUUAAGGUAUUUAAAGGAGAGAAUUAAUCUCCCUGUUCUCUUCUUAAUGUUCACAAUCCACACUAACGAACUGAUGUCUGAUCUGCAUUGGUUGAAAAUGCAGCAUGCAAAAUUAUUCAAAACUUGUUCAUAAGCAAACUGGUAAAAUAUGCACACUGCUAGAGCAAUUCUUUAUGUCUCUUUCAGAGAGGUUGCUCCUCUAUACAAUUUUUAGAGUGGCAGUGGACCCUGCCUUCUCUAUUCCUUUGGUCCAGAUUGAGUUAUGCAAGAUAAAUAUUUAUAUACUUUGAAAACCUUUCAACUUCCAAUGAUGAUGCAUUGUCCCAUAAACACUAUAUGCAGCUAUAGUAAAGUCAUCUGGUGUCUUCCAGAAAAAUAAAUGAAACUGUGAUGAAUAGUUUUGUAGUAAGUGAGAGCAGGGUAUAUGUUAAACUAUGCCAAUUUAUAAUAAAAUGUAUGUUAUUGACAGAAAUGUAAUAACACUUUAUAUCUUUUCAGAUGUUUGUAAACUGUCAAUUAUUUGGUUAAGUUAUGCAAAGGAGCGAAGCUAUGGCUUAAAAAAAAGUGGAAUAAUGAAACAAUAGAUCAGUGUAACUCUUGCCUUUAACGUUACCUGUUUGAACUGGAGUGAAAUUUGUGAUGCAUGUUUUGCAACUUUAGCAUCUCCUUUACAUGUUGUUAAUCCUUCCUUAUUAUUCAAACUUUUUAUGAAUGGCUGUUGAUUGAAAUCCGAUAGUCAAUUCAGAUUAUGCAAUUUGCUGCAUUCACCGAAACACCAUGCCAGAUAAAUUCGAACUAUCAAAAUCUGCUAGGAAAGAAUCAUGCCAUUUUCUUAAAUUAAUAGGAGAUACUUUGUGCAAUUUGUUAACAUACGUUGUUAGCCAUGGCAUUGUGAUGACUGGCAGUUUGAGAUGUAGAGGUUUGAAUCCAGUUUGUCCUCACUAGUGCCUACAUUUACUUAUAUCCCCGUGAAUGAGCUGAGAUCAAAUAGUGGCCUGGUUCACAAUACAUGGAAGCUUUGUUUCCUAGUUUCCUGAUAAUUCAGCAGUUUGAUGAGUUGUAGUUGUAUUGUGGGGGGCAGCCUGCAUCCCUGUUCACUCUGAAGCAUGCUUUUCUGCUAUUGGAUUUGAGAAGAUAAUCAUCGAGGAGUAUACUAUGUAUGACAAGUUAAAUCUAAAAUGUUUUAAAACUUUAGUGACCACUUUAAGGAUAUUUUUCUUUAACAGUAAACAUUUUUGUUCAUCUUGAACAUUCACUAAGCAGCAAACUUUCACUUGCAAUAUUCAGUCUUACCUUCCAUAAGGGUGGCAAUGGCGCAGCAGUAGAGUUGCUGCCUUACAGCGCCAGAGACCCAGGUUCAAUCUUAACUAUGGCACCUGUCUGUAUGGAGUUUGCACAUUUUCCCCGUGACCUGCGUGGGUUUUCAUCAGGAGCUCUGGUUUCCUCCCACACUUCAAAAACGUACAGGUUUGUAGGUUAAUUGGCUUGGUAUAAUUGUAAAUUGUCCCGAGUAUGUGUAGGAUAGUGUUAUUGUGCGGGGAUCGCUGGUUGGCACGGACUUGGUGGGAUGAAGGGCCUGUUUCCGCGCUGUAUCUUUAAACUAAACGCGUGAAGGUUGUUGCAAAUUAAAAAGGGAUAUCACGGCUUCUAUAACCUAUAUUUCAUCAAUUUUCUAAAAUAAAAGUAACAACUUAUAGGGACAUUGUUUUGAUAAGCAUUUGCUUGUAUGUGAAUAUCGAACUUGUUUCUCUGGAGAUUCAAACCACCUUGAAAGUAUAAGUUAUAAAGAACCAGGACUGGGUAUUUAUUGGUGCUUGAAAAAGUGCAUUUCAUAAGCAGUUCAGAGAGCUCUGGCCAAAUGCAUCAUUAAAGUUUCUGUAGCUUUGAACUGUUCAGAAAUUCAGUGCCAUCAGCUCACACAUCUUUACAUGAAAUUCAGUUAUUUCAUCAACGAUGGAAAUAUGUGACUUACUUGGCUGUCAAUUGAAAAUUAUUUAAUUCAGCUCCACAAAUCAUUGCAAAAAUGGAAUCCACUACAAAAAUAAUGGAAGUUGCAAUAUACAAAGUGCCCUCCACUAAAUAUUAAAUUGGUUAAAAGUGCAAUACUUUUCAUUGUUCCUUUUUUAAUAACUGCUACCUUUUCAAAUCUUGGCAAGCUUUCGUUAUGAUGUGCUGCUAAGUCUAAAAUGUUCAGGUUUUAUACUUAACCAUUUAAUAUUUUCUAUGACUAAUGUUUAGUUUCUAUUUUCUAGAAUUUUAGAACAAUUAACUGUCCUUUGCCUCAAGAAUUUAGCAUUUAAAAUCCAUGACUAAUUUCACAAUGCUUAAUAUAGUACGUUUUAUUCUGCCAAUGGAAUGCUUUAACUACCAGUAUUCAUUCAUUCUUUUAUAUGUGUGUAAUAACCUGUUCACCUUUGCAACUCCCCAAUUAGCCAUCAACCAAAUUGUGUAACGUUUGCUUUGUACCUAUGCAACACUUGUUAUAUAAAGUAAUUUACAAUGAUGAGAAGAUGAUUUAUAAUUGUUUUAAUUAAGUAAUAAAUAUGCUUUCACAUUU